AUGACGGAGCAUGGAGGUCGCGAACAUCGCUCUAAUGAAAUUUCAUCAGAGUCCCCUCUCACCCCGAAACCCCCUGUUUUAUCACACACCCAUUUCGAAUCCUUUCUAUCUACUAUCGAUGCACGCGUGGCCGCGCGACACCGCCGGAGGCAAGGAGGCGACUGGCCCGCGGGGUGCGCCGCGCGGCAGUCGCUCGAAGCAGCCGUUGCGGGCGCGUGCUGCCGGCGCCCGCGAAGAUCCAUCGCCCUACGAGUGUUCAGAGCGAGUGACAUCCGCGAGAGACGUAAUGGUCGACCCUCGCCGCUCGCCGGUCCACCGAACCACCUAAGCGAUUUCUAG